AUGGAGAUCCCAUUGAAAUCACGGCCUAAAGUGUCGAUGGUGGGGCUCCACGAUGAAAAUAGCUUUGAAGCCACUCCCUUAACCAUUGGAGACUCUUCAAGUACCAUUCUUGGAGGUGUGGAUGAUAGGCCACCGUCAUUACUAAACCCCAAAUCAAGAGGUGGUACAACCACCAGUAAACCAAUAUCAAUUAUGCCAGAACAUUUGAGCUCCGCCGCCACCGACGCCACCGAUGGAGGUCCAUUGACCAAAUCGUUUCGAUUAACAAGAACGUAUUCGGAAUCGGAAAAGAAUAACUUUCAUCUGAUCACUGGCCAUCGCAUGUAUGAUGAUGGGAAAAUAAGACCCACGACUUCCAAAACCAAUUCCUUCUUACAUCUGGAAGCUGAUGACGAAAGUCCAUCUUCUUCUGUAGGAAGCAGCAGAUUAUAUUCCAGGUCUCAUAAUGACUACACCACCACACCAGAUUAUGGCCAACCGCUUCAAGGGUUGGAAGAUGAAUACAUUCCUGGAUUAGACUUUUCGGCAUUGGUUUAUGAAUGGGGUCGGAGCAACAGUGAACAAACCCUCCACCACAAAAACAAUAAUAAUAGCAGAAGUAACAUCAACGUAAUAUAUGAUGAUCACAGUUUGAGUAGUUCAACAAGCUCAACAAAUCCAAGUAGAGAGGUGUCUUAUUUGGAUUUGAAUAAAUUGCAUGCUAAGGUUUCACCUCAGCCCAUUGUCCGAGAUCAAAAGGACUCCUUAGCGAAAUAUGCCUUUGGAAAGUUAGACAACAACAACAAUAAACUCCGCAGAUCCAAAACAACGUUAACAGAAUACAGAAGAGAUGAUUCCAGAGGUCUGUUUGGAGAGCCUGCUUCCGAUUCAAGGGAUCCAAUGGACCAUAAAGUUAAACGACAAAAAUCAGCUGUGGAUCCAGUAACUGGUGAAGUGAAUUAUGAAGUAAUUAUGAAUAGUUUACCUCAAAAUUUCAACGAUUUACCUUAUUCCCAACGGAAGAAAUUGGUUAAAUCCUUUUCUGAUUCUAUUGAUUAUUCCCAAUUUUCCAUGUUUGCAAAGAGUUUCCUAAGUAAAGGAGGUUCAGGAUCCAAUAAUAGUAGUUUUAUUACCAGAUCAAGAAGAGGAUCUACAAAUACCAUUGCGGGUAGAUUAUUAGCCAUCUCUUCCACCACAGAUAUGAAGGCCAUGCCCGAAGAACCCAAAUAUAAUGUGGACGAAAAGGGAGCCAUUGUUAUGGGUCAUGUGUUAGGAAAAGUGAUUGGUUUUGGAGCUUGGGGAACUAUUAGACAAUGCACUUCUCCAGAGGGGAAGAUACUAGCCAUUAAAAUAGUCAAGUCAACUAAAGAUACAUCAAGAUCAACCACUACCACAAACAAUAAUCAAGAUGGCUCUUCGAAGCCAAAUACUCCUAAAGAGAAUGUCAAAGUCUUAACAUUUUUCAAGAAAGAGAUUGAAAUAUGGAAGACAUUGCAUCAUAAACAUAUUUUGCCCUUAUUGAAAUAUUUGGAAACAGAACAUGCGAUAUUUUGUAUUACUGAACGUAUAAAUGGGGGGACGUUGUUUGAGUUAGUUACAUCUUGGGGUCCAUUAAGCGGUGGAAUACUUCAAACCCAGGGCCCAAUCACAUAUCUGGUUACCCGAAGUUUGGAUAGAAUCCGUAAAGUCAUAGGGUACAUUAAACAAAUCGUUGAUGCAGUGAUGUAUUUGCAUGGAGAAAUGGGUAUUGUUCAUGGCGAUUUGAAAUUAGAGAAUGUUUUAGUUGAUGAUUCCACUCCUGAUAAUCUUCAAAUGGUGUUAUGUGAUUUUGGAAUGUCCAGAGUAUAUGAUAGUAGGAUUAAAUUAAGUCGAAGGAGUUCAUUAAAAGUUUCUGAGAUGGCCAGAUCUCAAUCUUCUUCAACAGCUAUUCGGAAACCCUAUCACGGUAAUGAUGAAAGUGUUGUACAUUUAUUUAAAGAUGAUUCUAAGAUAGGGGUUUCCAAUUUACUUAAAGUACAUGGACCUUCUUUACAAUCUGUUGAUUUAACUCCAACCCAAUCAUUAUCUCAUUUCCAUGAUUAUAACAGACAUGGAUUUGAUUCUUCUGAAAGUGAUAUAGAUUCAGAUUUGCCUCAUACUCACAUUGGAUCACUUCCUUAUGCUUCUCCUGAACUUUUACUUCCAUCUCCACCACCAUUAGGUCCAUCUGCUGAUGUUUGGGCUUUAGGAGUAUUAUUGUUCACCAUGCUUGUGGGUAAAUUACCCUUUCAACAUCAAUAUGAACCUCGCUUGAGAGCUAUGAUUGCCCAUGGUAGGUUCAAUGCCACACUUCUCAGACGAGCAUGUAUGAUGGAAUGGUUUAUCGAGUCAAACGACGAUGACAAUACUGAAGGCAGUAGUAGAGACGAUAAGCUUUCAUAUGCUUCAUUUGGAGAUCCAGAGAGAGAACGUACUAUUGAAAAGCUCCAUAAGGAAUGGCUUACAUUUGAUACUGAGCAAUAUAGCUGGCUAUUUGACUUGGUUUGUGGAUGUUUGGAAAAGGACAUCACCAAACGUUUGGAUAUCAAUCAGGUUAAUGAUACCCUUUAUCAAUUGACAAAGUAG